AUGUCACAACUCGUUGAAGAUUGUCUUAGGAUUAUUUUUACUGAAUUGAAAUAUGUUCCAAAUUCUUUAUAUUCAUGUAUUUUGGUGAAUAGAUUUUGGUGUAUUAUAGGAGUACAAAUAUUAUGGGAAAAACCUUAUGAAUUUCUUCUUAAUCAUCGAAGUUUAAAAAAAGCUUAUCAUAUAAGGAAUUAUGAAAUUUUACAAUUUAUUAAAUUUUAUAAUACAAUAAUUGAUUUAUUACCAACAUCUUCAAAGCAGUUAUUAAUUGAAAAUAAUGUUAUUUCAAUUUCAACUCCUUUUUUAAAUAAACCAUUAUUUAAUUAUAUUAGUUUUUCUUCCGAAAUUUCACCAAAUCUUAUCAAUGAGAUGGGACUUGGAUUAAUUGAAGAAUCAAUUUGUUCCAAUGAAUAUCAGGAAAAAUAUAAAAUAUUAGAACAAGAAUAUUAUAAAUUAUUUAUCAAUAAUUGUAAGAAUAUUACAAAUUUUCGUUGGAAUACAUCAUUACCCUUAUAUCAAUAUCCUGGGGCAUCAACUUGCUUUUCUCAACUUCGUACCCUUGGUAUUACAUGUAAUCAAAGUUUGAUUUCAGAUAAAUUAUUAGGAAUGGCGCAAAUUUGUCAAGAUAUUGAAAAUUUGAAAUUAUGGAAUUAUGAUAAAUAUAUUCCAGGAUUAAUCAAAUUUAUUGAUAAUCAAAAAAAUUUACAAUCACUUUACUUACAUAAUAGCAUAAAAGGUGAAAGGAAAAGUAUACAAUUAAGUGAAACAAUAGAAAAAAAAGCAGUUACAUUAAAACGAUUUUCUUUAGAGAAUGUCUUGCUCUCAUUAAAAUUCUUGCCAUCAUUAAUAAAUUUAGAGCAAUUAAAGCUUAAAUUUGAAAAUUAUUGUUAUUUAUCAGAAAAAGACUGGAAAAAGUAUUUAUUAAUUGCUUCUUUUCCAAAACUUCAAUAUCUCAAAGCACAAUAUUUACCACCUCAUGGAGUUUGUAGGUUAAUUGAAAAUUCUCAAAAUAUUAAAGAAAUUGAUACAUGGAAUAAUUUUCGGGGGGGAGAUGCUGUAUAUAAUAUAAAAUUAUUCAAAGUAAUUGCUAAAAAUUGCCCAAAUAUUGAAAGCUUAAUUAUUAAUACUUAUUUGAAAAAUUUAGGUGGUGUGAAAGAAAUUAUCUUAAAUUGUAAUAAAUUAAGAAAAUUAGACAUUUGUUUAAAUUUUGAAGAAGAUGAUGGUGAUGAUCAUGAACGUGAAACUAUUUGUGAUGAAGUAUUAAAUUAUUUAUUAAAUUAUUCACCAAGAAAUUUUGAUGAAUUUGCCUUUAAUGAAAAUUGGAGGUUUUCAGUUAAUAAUCUAAAAAAAUUUUUUGAAGGUUGGAGAGGUAGAAAACCAAUUAAAUUUAUCACACGUUUUGAUAGAUGUUAUCAUUUUACCAAAGAGCAUGUUGAAAUUGUACAGAAAUAUUAUGAUGAAGGAGUAAUUGAUAAAAAUACUAGUUUUUUAUAUGGCGUGAACGAUUAUUAA